AUGAAGCCUUUCGCCAUCACCACGGCGCUCUUUAGCUUCGUCUCCGUCGCACUUGCUGGCGCAUCUACAGACUCCAAGACAUCAAAGGUCACCCUGCCCGCCGAUUUCAAGCCUCCACAGGUUUUCAAGAACGCCAAUUUGGUACACGUCAUCUCUCUAGAGAAGACCUACGUAAAGGAACAGAUCAAUGUCCUUGUCGAGAACGUUGCAAAGGAGCCACAGACGGAAUACUAUGUGCCAUUCACUGCCGAACAGCUACCUCGUGUAGGAGGUUUCGAGGUUAAGGAUCGCAAGGAUGCGAACGCCGGACCGUUCGUGGCCGAGACUGUCGAGUACGACCCUCUUAGCGAUGUCCAGUACUAUCGUAUCCGACUGCCAACGCCGCUCAAACCUGGUGCUCAACAAACACUCGGAAUCACCUACUAUUACCUGAAGGCCUACACUCCUCUUCCCGCGGCCGUUUCCCAGGACGAUGACCAAUACCUGAGCUUCAACUUUUCCGUUUAUGCACCAUCUGCCUACAUCACGAAGAAGCAGAAGACUGAGCUCAAGGCUGCCUCGGCUGAUGUCCCCGACUAUACAAAGCUUCCAGGCAGUGGCGACGUCAAGGAGUUUCCCGUCAAGCAGGGCACCAAGCUCAUUUAUGGUCCCUUCGACGAAAAGCCCGCCGGUGCUGUCUCCCCUGCAAACGUUCGCUUUCAGUUUACCAAACCGGUUAUCCAUGUCAAGGAGCUCGACCGUUUGAUUGAAGUCAGCCACUGGGGCGGCAACAUCGCUUUCGAGGAGCAGUACGAGAUGUAUCACGGCGGUGCCAACCUUUCUGAUAACUUCGAUCGAAUCAAAUAUUCUCAGCACUCGUUGUACCGCCAGCAUGGGGUUGCAGGAAUUCGCCCUUCGCAUUACCUUGACCAGCUGCGAAUUCCUCUUCCAGGCGGAAGCGUGGACGCCUACUAUACAGAUGUGAUCGGCAACGUCACGACAUCUACUUGGCGAAGCGACAACCGAGACGCUCUUCUUGUUCUAAAGCCGCGAUACCCUCUUUUUGGUGGAUGGAGAUACCCUUUCACUAUUGGAUGGAACUCUGAUGCCUCCAACUUCCUGCGCAAGACUGCCACUGGUAGUUUCGUGCUCCGGGUUCCUUUUAUCGAGGGCCCCAAGCAGCCAGAAGGAGUUGAAUACGAGCAGAUCAACGUUAAUGUUCUUCUUCCAGAGGGCGCCGAGAACGUCAAGUUCCACACCAACAUUCCCGACUCGUCCAUCAUGUCUACCUCGGUUGAUCUGACCAGAACCUACCUCGAUACUGUCGGUAGAACAGCUGUCAGCAUCAAGGCGCGAAACCUGGUCGACGAGUUCCGAGACCGCCAACUUAUCAUCUCUUACGAUGCGCCUCUCUCGAGCGCUCUUCGAAAGCCUCUAGUCAUCUUUGCCAGUGCGAUGGUGGUAUUUGUCACUACCUGGGCUUUGGGCCAGGUGCAGAGGAUCAUAUUAGUAAAUGAAUCAGGUUUCCUGUUUACAAGCCGGAAGAAACAUCAUAUGACAGUCAAAUACUCGCUUGGCUUUGGUCAUACAGGGUCCAGGCCGUUAUCCGUAGAGGUGGACAACUCCACUUGGUUCCACACAAAAGUUGUGUGGAGGAUGAGAUGGGUGGGCGAGGCAGGCUCCGAAUGGUCACCCUGGUUAAGGACCCUCUCCUUGUUUACGCCAGGUUCUGACAGCAUGGCAUGUGUUUCGGCAGUGAACCCAAGCCCAGGACCGAGUACUACUAUCACGAAGAGAUCACGCCUUCCAGACGAUACACAGGUCAUCAUCACCGUCACCACCACCAUCAUCACCAUUCACGCUCUCCCCGAGCAAGCUACACCAGUGUCUCUAGACGGUCCUACAGCCACAGCCCACGAAACAGUGGCACUGUCGUCUAUGAGCGCUAUUGAUCGUCUGAAGGCACCAAUGCUGAAUUUGUCCCGCAAGGCUGGAUCGUCGCUAGAAGAGCUCAUGACAUCACACUGCAUUCCGCCACCGAAAUUCCAAAAGCUCCCUAAGACAGAUACAGGGAGUUACUUUAAAUGUGAGCGAAGGAAUCGCGCACUCUCCAUUCGAUCCAACAAGUCCAAGGGCAACUCUGGCGCUGGUGCCGGAGCCAAGAGGGGUUUCUCCUUCAACUCCCUCCGUGGCCAGGUCCAGCCUGAGCUGUCCCGCAAGCUUUUCCGUCUCAUCAAAUCGGAGAACAACCUCAUUGGUGCUCAUGAGACCGCUGGCCGUGAACGGGUUUCUAUCGCGACUCAGUUAUCGGAAUGGGGUGAGCACACCGGAGAUGACAGCAUUAGUGACAUCUCGGACAAGGUGGGAGUUGUCCUAAGUGAAAUGGGUGAGCAGGAGGACGCAUAUGCUCAUGCUCUUGACGAUUCUCGCGCCUAUCUCAAGGCCAUUCGAAACACUGAGAAGAGCGUGCAGCCUAGCCGCGAGAACAAGGAUAAGAUUGCCGACGAGAUCCAGAAGCUGAAGUUAAAGGAGCCUGGUAGCACAAGAUUGCCUGUCCUUGAGCAGGAAUUGGUGCGAGCUGAGGCUGAGAACCUCGUUGCAGAGGCUCAAUUGACCAAUAUCACCCGACAAAAGCUCAAAGAAGCUUAUGCUGCCGAGUUCGCUGCCACCAUCGAACGUGCCGAAAAGCAGAUCAUCCUAGCCAAACAUGGCCGCCGUCUGCUGGAGCUCCUUGACGACUCGCCUGUGGUCCCUGGUGAUACACGAGUGCCUUACCAACACUCCUCCCAGGCACGCCAAAUUCUCAACGAUGCUGAGGAUGACCUUCGAGACUGGCGACCCGAAGCCGAGGGCUUUUCUACUCCAGUUCAAAGCCGAUCACCAACCCUUGAGGGAAAGGGAAAGGAGCCUCUCGCUGCGGGAGACAAUUUGUCUCCUGUCCAGUCUGAGGCAGCUACAGUUGAAUCCGAGACUUCUCCUAUGGAGCAACGGGGUACCAAGUCCUCCGUCUAUGCUGAGGUCGCUGGCUAA